GGGGGGGGACCCGCUCAGGUAAACACCCAAGAUGGCGGCGGCGGGAGGAGGAGGAGGAGGCGGCGGCGGCGGGCGGCCGGGCCUGGCGGAGCUGCCCGGGGAGCUGCUGGAGCUGAUCCUGUGCUGCGGGGUGCUGGGCGCCGCCGACAUCGGGCGGGUGGCCUGCACCUGCCGCCGCCUGCGGGACGCCUGCCAGCCCCGCGGGAAGGUGUGGCGGGAGUGCUUCCGCCUCAGGUGGCCAUCGCUGCUGAAAUACUACAGCCACACAGACGGCGUUAGCUGGCUCGAAGAAUACAAAGCACGGCACGAUGCUGGACUAGAAGCCCAGAGAAUUGUAGCUUCGUUCUCCAAAAGGUUCUUUUCAGAGCAUGUCCCCUGUGAUGGAUUCAGUGACAUUGAGACUCUCGGAUGCCCAAGUCACUUUUUUGAGGAUGAGCUGAUGUGUAUCCUUAACAUGGAAGGAAGGAAAGGCCUCACCUGGAAGUACUAUGCAAAGAAAAUUCUCUACUUCCUACGGCAACAGAAUAUAUUAAAAAAUCUGAAGGAGUAUCUUCAACGCCCUACUGAUCAGCAGUCGUUUUUAGAGGGUGCUGUUUUAAUUGACCAAUAUUGUAACCCGCUGUCAGACAUCUGCUUAAAAAGUGUCCAGGCACAGGUGGAUGAUAUCACAGAUAAAGUGCGCAAAGUCCUUCGAACAAAAAAUCCGAGGCACCCCAGCUUGGCUUCCAAGGCAGGAGAGGUCCUGAUUCCAGAAGUGGAGCUUCAGCGGCAGGUACUUGAUGCAAUGAAUUGUGUCCUGUAUGAGCAGUUAAAAUACAAAGGAAAUGAGCUGGAUUACUAUAACUCCCUGAAUUCAUACAUUCACCAGGUUUUGAUCCGCAGGACAGGAAUUCCCAUCAGUUUGUCUGUGCUUUAUUUAACAAUUGCCAGGCAGCUGGGAGUCAAACUUGAGCCAGUCAACUUCCCUAGUCAUUUUCUGCUGCGAUGGUGUCAAGGGAAAGAAGGAAGCACAGAUAUUUUUGACUACACUUACAUUGACGCCUUUGGGAAGGGGAAGCAGCUGACCGUGAAGGAGUGCGAGUACCUUAUAGGCCACCAUGUGACGGAGGAGUUCUAUGGGGUGGUGACUUCGAAGGAGGUCUUGCAGCGCAUGGUGGGAAACCUCUUAAACCUGGGCAAGCGAGAAAGCACUGAUCAGUCUUAUCAACUCUUGAGAGACUCGUUGGAUCUGUACCUGGCCAUGUAUCCGGACAAUGUGCAGCAUCUAAUGCUCCAGGCUAGGUUAUACUUCCACCUGGGAAUCUGGCCAGAAAAGGUUCUGGACAUCUUGCAGCAUAUUCAGGCCUUGGAUCCAUCCCAGCACGGGGCCGUGGGGUACUUAGUUCAGCAUACCCUAGAGCAUAUUGAGCGCCGAAAGGAGGAGGUGGGACCCGAGGUGAAGCACCGCUCGGAUGAGAAACACAAAGAAGUCUGCUUUUCCAUUGGGCUGAUUAUGAAACACAAGAGAUAUGGCUACAACUGCGUCAUUUAUGGCUGGGAUCCCGCCUGCAUGAUGGGGCAUGAAUGGAUCCGAAAUAUGAAUGUCCACAGCCUUCCACAUGGCCCCCACCAGCCUUUCUACAAUGUGCUAGUGGAAGAUGGCUCUUGCAGAUACGCAGCUCAAGAGAACCUGGAAUACAACUCGGAGCCUCGGGAGAUUCCUCACCCUGACAUUGGCCGCUAUUUUUCCGAGUUUACCGGCGUUCACUACCUAGCAAAUACUGAGCUAGAAAUUCGGUACCCAGAGGAUUUGGAGCUGACGCGCACCACAGCUCAGAAGAUCUACAGUUCAGGCAAGGAGUGAGUGCAAAAGGCGUUGUGAGGACAGAAGCAGCCGGAGUGUAGCUUUGCCCUCUUCUGCAAAACUUGCCUGGAAGGCAAGUUCGGUGACAAUCCUUUGGCUUUAAUGCAUUGAAAACUGCAUUAAAACUUUAUAACCGGUGCUAUAGCAUCUUUCCGUUGCCUGCCUGCCCAUUCUGGCCCACAGGGACACGUCGGUAGCUGAGGCCAGGCGUAAGGAUCUUGCAGGGACAGUCGUGCUAGGAAGCGCGUUGUCCCACGGAAAGAUUUGCCCCUACUGCUCGUUCUGUGGUCGUCUUGCCUAGGAGGUUGACGCAGUGAGACCCCUGGUGUGGAAUAUCGGAAGAAACUCCAACUUCCAGAGAAGCUGCUUGUCCUUGCGGUGUUGUGGGGUUUUUGUUUGGUUGUUUUCGUUGUUGGUUUUUUAUGUAUAUCUCAUGCAGGUGAUAGUUUUUAAAGCCUCUUACGUUUGA